GGUGUCCGGCCCCAGGCUCCCGGAAGUCGCCGCCUCGCUCCGGAAGCGAUCCCCCUGGCGGCGAGCGCCCUCCUCCCGGGUUUCCGAGAGAGUGAGACUUACGGCGGAGCCACGGAAGCCGAGAGCGAGAUGCCGGUGGCCGUGGGUCCCUACGGGCAGUCCCAGCCGAGCUGCUUCGACCGCGUCAAGAUGGGCUUCGUCAUGGGGUGCGCCGUGGGCAUGGCGGCCGGGGCGCUCUUCGGCACCUUUUCCUGUCUCAGGAUCGGAAUGCGAGGUCGGGAGCUGAUGGGUGGCAUUGGGAAAACCAUGAUGCAGAGUGGCGGCACCUUUGGCACAUUCAUGGCCAUCGGAAUGGGAAUACGAUGCUAAUCAGAACAGUGAUUACCAGCUACAUCUGUACUUUCCCAGCCAUCCUGACCCUUGUACUGUAAUAAACGUUUUUUCUUUCA